AAGGCUAAAUUUGCAAAACAAAAUUUAUUGGAUUAUUAUUGGCUUCAUCAGUUUCUUCUUUCUUCCGUGUUGGAGGAGGAUGAUCAGAGGGGGGGGAGAAGGGGGUGAUGCUUCGCUUCUUGUAAUGUGAAAAAUUACAGGAAGACGAAACGAAGAGCUAACGCCUCCAUGGAUCCUCCUUUCUUCGGAUAUGUGCUUGACCCAUCAAAAUGCCAGAAGUUAAGCAUCAGGGAAAAGAGAGAGAUUGUUUGGCAACUGGCCAAAUGGCCUGAGAGCGCACCUGAAAAGCUCCAGACAUGGAGCCGCAGGGAUCUCCUACAGAUUCUUUGCGUGGAGAUGGGAAAGGAGAGGAAGUACACUGGCUUAACGAAGCACAAACUAAUAGAGAAUCUCUUCAAAAUCGUAUCUGAGAAGAAGUCGGGUAAGUAUGUAGAUGACACAGAUUCAACUGGGCAUCCUUCCAGGCUUGAUCCUCCAAUCCCAGUGAAAAGACAGAGGAAAAAUGAUCACCCUUCACGUUUGCCAGUUGAAGCGAAUGUUCUCUCACUUAGUGAUGAAAGUGAAGCUUCAAAGAGCACCCGUUUGUGCCUAAAUGUAGCUUGCAGGGCGCCUUUAAGUCUGGAGGAUUUGUUUUGUAAAAGAUGUUCUUGUUGCAUCUGUCAUAAUUAUGAUGAUAAUAAGGACCCGAGCCUAUGGCUGUUUUGCAGCUCAGAAGAUUUGAGUCAUGGUGUUUUAUGUGGUUUAUCUUGCCAUCUAGACUGUGCCCUGAAGGAUGAAAGAACUGGCAUGGCAAAUAGCGGGCAGCGUUCAAAGCUUGAUGGGAGCUACUGUUGCGUUCAAUGUAGAAGAGUGAACAGCUUGCUGGGAUGCUGGAGGAAGCAACUCAUAAUUGCAAAGGAUGCUAGGAGGGUUGAUGUGCUCUGCCAUCGGGUUUCUCUAAGCCAUAAGUUACUCAAUGGAACCCAGAAAUUUCAAAAAUUGCAUGAAAUUGUGGAUGAAGCAAUGAAAAUGUUAGAAUCUGAGGUUGGCCUUCUACUUACCCCGCAAUACAGGGGUCAUGGGAUUGUUAACAGACUUACUGUCGGUGCUGAAGUCCAAAGACUUUGCGCCCGAGCUAUCGAAACUGUAGAUACAUUGUUAUCAAGUGCUCAAUCCGCAAAUUUGCAAUUCCAACAAGCUGUUUCAAUUCCAUCUGAAUUCAUAAAAUUUGAAGAUAAGUCAUCAUCUUCACUUAUUAUAGUUUUGGACUCUGAAACUUACCAUCCAUUUUUAUCCGAAGAGCUGUUUGGGUAUAAAAUUUGGCAUCGUAAAGUUGAUGCAGUUGCAUAUCCUGCCGAGCCAACUUGUAGACUUUAUAAGCCAAAUAGAAAGUUUCUAGUAACUGGACUUGUUCCAGGCACAGAAUACAUUUUUAAAGUUAUUGCAUUUAGUGAAAGAGUAGAAUUGGGGAAUUGGGAAGUAGGAGUGAAAACUGAUGAUUUGAUAAAAAAAGAGGCUAUUAUUCAUCCUGCCGCAGAAGAAGCAUCACCAAAAACUAAUAGCAGCGGCCUCUCAAAUCCCUCUUCUGAAGCAGAUGAGUCUCAUAAUACAGGCAUAUAUGCAGACUUGAAUAAAUCUCCUGGUAACAGUUAUUUUGGUUAUAGAGAAAAACCUGAGGUAAUGGUUUCAGAAAAAUCCUGUGAUCAAAUCUAUAGCUGUAAAGAAAUGGAUGAGGAAGAAAGGCCAGGCCUCUCUGGAUCAGCCCUGGAUGAGGAACCCAACUCUACAUUGAACACGGACUCCCAUCGGGACUCGAACAACUCAACGGAGCUCAACCAGCCAUUAGACAUUCCUAAAUCAGAAAAUGCAUCUACAGCUCCCAUCGGUAAAGAGAUGGUUCUUGUUCCAUGCCUUCCUGCCACUGCUGGCAGGCUGGAAGCUGGAUCUGCCAAAUCCAGCAUUAAUUUACUGCUUGGGACUGGCAUUCCAAAACCAGAGAAGGAGCCUGGGAGCUCAUCAAAGAAAAGAAGUGGGCAAUGUGAUGAAUUCUGUCAGGAGGAUGGACCCAUGGAAGGGGACUAUGAAUACUGUGUUAAAGUGAUCCGGUGGCUGGAGUGUGAUGGGUACAUAGAAAGCAACUUUAGAGUCAAAUUUCUGACAUGGUUCAGCUUGAGGGCGACACUACAGGAGAGGAGAGUUGUGAGUGUUUAUGUUGAUACGUUGAUUGAUGAUCCCGGGAGCCUCGCUGGUCAGCUGGUUGAUACAUUUUCUGAUGCCAUUUGCAGCAAAAGGCCACCACCAGUGCCAAAUGGGUUCUGUAUGAAGCUAUGGCACUGACUAUUGGGCUCUUUCUACUUCUUCCGGUAACUUCGUCUGAGAGAUUCAUUGGAUAUAAAUUGUUGCAUUUAAUUCUUAUUUGAAAGUGUUAUUUAUUUCAUCAAUGAUUUCAGGAUAAGUGAUUUAAGUUUAAUUUGUAAGUUAUACCAUAGCUCAUUUGUCAUUGAACCUUUGAUUUAUAUUACACUAGCCUUCAGUUUCUCAG